AUGCCGGCGAUCGUGCGAUUGCUGUUCUUGUGCUGCAUCGUCGCAUGCGGCUGCGACGCUCGCCCCCCCGACUCGCCGGUCCAGUUAAACGCGGGAGCAGGGAGAUCCGGGAGACCGGCGAGGUACGCCGAGUAUGACUGGGAUAAUGUAAGGGAACAGGAGUACGAAGCGUACGCACAAGGUCAGACGUUCGGUGAAAAGUUGCCGGAAGACGAGGGACUCUUUGAGAUACAGCUGGAGGGCUCGGCGAUGGCGAAAGCCCUUGCUGUUGAAAAACAGAGGCUCGAAAACAUAGUAAGGAUAGGUAGACCCAGCAUCAUGAAAGACGCUCGGCAGCCCCGGGUCAAAUCUAUGAGCAAGGGCUGCGAACCCCAUUGUAGACCCGCCAGGGCCGCGCAAGAUCGCGAGAUGGACGGCGCCAGAGACGUUCCACAGCGCGAGGCUCGCGAGGACAAGUCGGGGAGCAUGGGCUGCGAACCUUUUUGUAGACCCCCCAGGGCCGCACAAGAUCGCGAGUUGAACGCUGCCAGCGACGUUCCGCGGCGCGAGGUUCGCCAGGUGAAAUCGGAGAGCAAGGGCUGCGAACCCUAUUGUAGAUCCGCUAAGGCCGCGCAAGGUGAGAUCUCUCGUGCGACUAACAGAAGCCGCCGAUCGCUCCAGCAGGACUACGAUUGCUCUGCAAAAAACGCGUUUUGGAAUCGUGUAACCUGCAACUUUUGGUCGAUGUUAGGAUACGAGGUGCAAUCCAGCGACCCAAUAUCCCCGGUUGCCACACAGGUAUCCACCGAGCCCUACAAUCGUUUUACAAUAUCCCCGGUUGUCGUGAAUAAUUUUCAAACUGCACAAUAUCCUAGCGCGCCACAGAUACACGAUUAUGUCAGUAAUGACACGGAUAGUCAUAACGAAUCAGGGACUGACCCAAUGGACGAGUCUCACAAAGAUGAGCGUGAAAGUAAUAUAUUUCAUGUAAACGAAACAGCAACGGAAUACGACCAAGUAGAGUUUACUUCUGAUCCCUCGAACGUAGAAGAUACUAGCGCGACGCAGAUACACGAUCAUGUCAGUAAUAGCGACGAAAAUACAACGGAACCUGGCCAAGUAGAGUUUAAUUCCGAUCCCUCGAACGUAGAAGAUUCUACCGCGGCAGAGAUACACGAUAAUGUCAGUAAUGACACAGAUAGUUAUAAUGAAUCAGGGACUGACCCAAUGGACGAGUCUCACAGAGAUGAGCAUGAAAGUAAUAUAUUUCAUGUAAACGAAACAACAACGAAAUACGACCAAGUAGAGUUUACUUCUGAUCCCUCGAACGUAGAAGAUACUAGCGCGACGCAGAUACACGAUCAUGUCAGUAAUAGCGACGAAAGUACAACGGAACCUGGCCAAGUAGAGCUUAAUUCCGAUCCCUCGAACGUAGAAGAUUCUACCGCGGCAGAGAUACACGAUAAUGUCAGUAAUAGCGACGACGGUAACGACAAUUCAGCGAUUGGCAAUGUGGACAAGUACAGAGAUGAGUUUGAAAAGUACACGUUUGGUAUAAAUAGAACAGCAAAGCGGUAUAGGGAAGUAAAGACUGAAUCUGGACACUCGAAGGUAAAAAUAUAUUCGUGGCGUAAUUGAAACUCUAAUAAAAACUCUGCAGUUUAAUUAUCAUUACGAUAAGUAUAGGAUACUAGACGUCAUUAGAAAUGAAUUUAAUGCCCGGCUGACAAUUCGUGCCAUAUUCGUAGGCGCAAAUAAUUUCCUCGUACUUUCAUUUCGCGGAACGAAACAUUGGAAUUUGAUUAAAUAGGCAUUUAAUCAAAUAUAGCCAAAGUUCCAUCUUAUAAAGUCCCACUUAUAUAGUUUUUUAUAAAUAAACAUUAUACCUUAUUAUAUUUUGUAUAUUGUUCUAUGUGAAAUAAAAUAUUUUUCCACCAAUAGCAAAUGAGGUCUUAAACAUGGAUCCAUCAAAUACACGCGCAAAACUCUCUGCGAUCUAACUGGGACUCGCAAUCAGAUCAAUUCUAAAAAAAAAAGAAUG